CAACUGAAAACCAAAAAUUAGCAACAUCUUUAACAAAUUCGAAUAAUCAACUUAAAUCUUUUCAUAUGAAGAUCGUAAAGGCAAAGAAAGCGAAGCAAGACUAUAUUUCUAAAAUUCAGUCUGUCGCUCAGAAAUCAAAAAAAAUUACUAAAGAUCAAUUUAAAAAAGCAACGAUUUCUCUUUCAGCAGCAACGGAAUGUACUAAAGAAAUAAUAACUUUUCUUAUUGGUAAACCACCAAACUAUUGGAUAUCAACAGGAACUCUUUCUCGGUGGAAUAAAGAAGUUGCCAAAAUAUCACUUCAGCGACAGAGUAACUUGACUAAAAAGGCCAAUGAAAAGCUUGGUGAGGCGGCUACUAAAGAUAUUUUAAAAGAGUUUUUAAAAAAAAAAUAA